UAUUAGUUCCGUGAGCACCGCUCUGCCUGCCUGACUCGGACUGCCUCUACGUUCAAACGCACUGGGGAGAGAGAGAGAGAGACGAGACACUCCUUGGUCUCGCUGUGUUUGUGUGUGUUUGUGUGUGUGACGUACAGCCAGUGAACUCCGGUCGCCAGGGGAAACAUUAUGGCAUUGUGAUGGGCGGUGCUUGUAUUAAAGAUAAUAGCUAUUCAAACCAGACGACAAUCAUGGAAGCAGCCGAGGAAUUAAAUGGACCAAAAGAUCCUUCCAUUGUUAUUCUUCACUUCAAUGAUAUAUAUAAUGUUGAAGAGCAAAACCGUGAACCAAGAUCAGGUGCACCAAGAUUUAAAACAGCUCUCAAGAGUUUUCAAGAACAAGAUCCACUAAUAUUGUUUAGUGGAGAUAUAUUAGCACCUUCUAUUACAAGUACAUUCACAAAAGGUGAACAGAUGGUACCUGUGAUGAAUCAGUUUGGCAUUCACUGUGCUGUUUUUGGGAAUCAUGAUUUUGAUUUUGGUCUUGAAAGACUGAUUGAUGUGAAAUCAAGAACACAAUUUCCCUGGUUAAUGAGCAACGUUGUAGACAAUGAAACAGAAAAACCUCUGGCAGAUGGCAUUGAAUCUAUUACUUUAGUAUGGCAUGGCUGGAAAAUUGGUCUUAUUGGUUUAGUGGAGUGGGAAUGGUUAGAAACCCUAGCGACAAUCAAUUGUGACCAAGUGACAUUCACAGAUUAUGUAGACAGAGGGAGAGAACUUGCCACUAAUCUUAAGAAUGAAGGCUGCGAUUAUAUUAUUGCUCUUACACACAUGAGAACACCAAAUGACAUUAGAUUAGCUGAAAAUGUUGAUGAAAUUGACCUCAUAUUGGGUGGUCAUGAUCAUGUUUAUGAGAUUACCAAGGUAAAUGGAAAGACUAUUCUGAAAAGUGGAACUGAUUUCCGUGAGUUUUCUGCUGUCACUUUGACAUUAGAAGAAGAUCAAGUUGAUGUGAAAAUACACAAAGUCGUAGUAGAUUCAAAUUUUGACCCUGAUGAGGAAUUGCUUGAAGCACUUAAGGAAUAUGAAGAACUUGUUGGAGCAAAGAUGGACGAAGUUCUCGGUACAUUUAGUGUUGAUUUAGACGGAAGAUUUUCUUCAGUUCGAACAUCUGAGACCAGUCUUGGGAACUUCAUAUGUGAUAUUAUAAUGGCAGCAUGUAAUGCCGAUGUUGCUAUCAUCAAUUCGGGAACACUUAGAUCAGACAGAAUACAUGAAGCCGGGGAAUUCACAAUGAGAGAUUUAAUGACUGUGUUACCUAUGUUAGAUCCUCUUCUAGUGCUAGAAAUAACAGGUGAGCAGUUACUGGAAGUAUUGGAAAAUGGAGUAUCACAGUAUCCAAAACUUGAAGGACGGUUCCCCCAAGUUGCUGGCGUUAGUUUUGUGUUUGAUCCCCAGGCUCCAUCUAUGCAUAGAGUUAUUCAAGAUAUAGUCAAAGUUGGAGACGAGUACUUGAUACCAAAUGCUACGUAUCGACUGGCUACUAAAGCAUAUAUGCAUCAAGGAAGAGACGGCUAUCACGUUUUGACUCGAUGUCCAGUUCUUCAAGAUGAAGAGCAGUGCCCAAUGUUGUCAACAGCAAUACAGAAUCAUUUUACAGCAAUAAAGACUCGUAUGGGUAUGACACGCCGUAAUUCAAGCCAUAGGCAAUCUCUCAUUUUACUCUCAAGGAGACAUAGUCUCAUCCGUAGUGAUGAUGAAGUCCCUGUUACCUGUAGAACCAGCUCACGCACAAUAGGGCGAUCAUUAUCCACAGACUCAGCUCUGGCACCUGUUACAACAGCACCUUGCACAUCCUUGGUGUCAGCUCACCUCAAAGACCUCUCACAAGGAGGAUCGAUAAUGCAGACUUUGAAUCAUGAAACCUGGGGAGGGGGUCCCCCUCCAGUAAUUGAGGAAACUCCUGCUUCUUGUGUAGAAGAUCUGGAAGGUCCCUGUUUUGGGGAUAUUCCAGCUCCCCCUCGUGAAGAAAUUACAGCAGCCCUUAGGGGACAGCACCGUCGGCUGUCCGGUGAUUUGGAGAAAUCUGCUUCUGCCAGAAGGCUCCGUGGUGCUUUGGCAAAACAAGAGAGUGUUAAUGAAUUAGAGGACUUGGCCUGUAAAUUAGCACCAGAGAUUGAAGGAAGAAUACAGAUAGCUACGGAUGAACUAAUUGAGAAUCUACGACAGGAGAAGACAUUAUAUAGUGUCACUGUCAUUGAUGAGGAAGAUGAACUUUCAUCUCCUCUUACACCUGAAGCAGAGCCAGAAGCAGAGCCUGAGGCAGCACCUGAAGGAGAGCCCGAGCCAGCACCCGAGGGGGAGCCUGAGCCAGCGCCUGAGGGAGAGGCUGAGCCAGCACCAGAAGAAUAAUUUUGUUUUUCUUCUACGACUAGAGUGGGUUAGAAGCAGGGCAAUUUUUUCUUCUUUAUUAUUUUUGCCAGAAAAUUAGUAACAAAGGAUAUGUUUUAGGAAUGAUAAAGGGUAAAUAGAAUAUUCAAUUUAAAUUUUACUUUUGGAACAAAUGUUAUGCUGACAUAUAUGUCCCUUUCUCUCAUGGCUGUGUAAAAUCUUAUGCAAAAUAUAAUUUAGCCUUUGGUUUGUUUUAGAAUGAUUGCUUUUUUUAUAGAAAUCACAAGUUGAAAUUACCUAUUAAGAAGAAAUGCUUAGGUGUACCUAUGUAAUGUAUGUUUUGUUAGGAGACUGGAGAGUGCAGAGGUCAAUAUGGUAAACAAUGGCUGAUCUUGGAAUUUUGGGAGUCGUGUUAAUUUAUAAGGAGCAUGUUUUCAUUACGUUUUCCUAGUCACUUACGGUGAUGUUUUAGUUUUGUCUACCUAAUUACCAAAACCGGUACGUAUUUAGAAAUUAAUACUCAUCGACGUCAUGAGGGAAUCUUGCGAUACCUCAGAAAUGUUAUUUUAUGUUCUUAUUGUUUUACUGUAAUUCAACACUUGCUUGGUUAGUAUUACUAGGACUGUUUCAGGUACACACUGUAAUAUAUCUGGAGAUAUAGCAGACCAUGAACUACAGUUUUAUUCCAGUGGAACUUGUCUCAUAUUAUAUGCUAGAGCAAAGUGAAAGUUUAGUUAAUGUUACGUAUUGUCUUUAAAAAUGUCUGAAAGUUAAUGCCACUGUAAAAUAUAUUGAUAGAUAUACAGACCUAAAGCAGUUUUUUGAAAAAAGAAUCAAUACCAAGUUACAGAGAUGUAGAGGUUAUAUAAGUCACAGCCUUUAUUACUGAUAGAUCAUUGAUUAGAAAGGGGAUGCACCAGUCAAAUGUUUGAAGACUAUUCACACAUUUAGUACAAUAAAUAGAUGAAGCACUUUGGAAAUAAGAUGCUCCAAACUACCAUGUUUGGCACAUAGCUUUGUUAACAAGAAAUGACUAAGAUAGAACAUACAAAACGUGAAAUAGGAAGAGGAAAUUGUGGUAAUUGCUUCACUGGGAAAAUUGUUGGUUAGCCAUAUUCAAGGAUAGGAGAAAAUAUUUAAGAAGUUUUAUGGAUAGAUGUAGAAAAUAAGCUGGAAUAACUGAGAAAGUUAAAAUUUUUGAAGGAAGUGGAAAUUUGUGAAGUUCAAUAAUACUCACAGGGAAAUCAACAAUUCUGAUGAGACUCUCAGUAUUUUGAAAGAGAAAAAUGAACACCUGGAUGGUUUCCUUUUCCUUUACAAGUGUAGUGACGACUUUUAAAGUGACAGAACUUAUUAUUGAGUGCUGCACUUUAUUUAAGUGACUACUACUUACAAUCAACAAUAUUGUUGAUAAAUAAAGAGAGAAGAUCUAGUGUAUGCCUUUGUUAUUGCUCUAAGGAUUUUUCAGCUUCAUGACAUCACAUUCUUAUUUCAUCUACGUAAGAAUAUCAUUUGUGUUACAAUUCCCUUUGAAUUUUGAAAAUACUGUAUUUAGGGCCAUAUGAUAAUUAAGUUUUUACUUUAAUCUUUGGUGCUUGCAUUUUCAUUUUCAACUUUCUUGAAAUUAUAUAGAGUUGGUUAUUUGACAGUCACUGGUAUUCACCAAAUUUGCCAUGAAAAAUUUAAUUCAUUUUGUAUUUUGAACAGAUACUCAUCGUUUCACCAGUUUUAUGUAAGAGUAAUGUUGUUUAGACACUUAAAGCUCCAUCUCCUUGCAGUUCUUUGAGUACAUUGACCAAUGAUUUGAUUUGGAAAUAAAUCUUGCUAGUUCUUUUACAGGAAAUUUAUGAACAGUCAAGUGAUACACCAUUUUAUUUAUAUACGAGUAUAAAAAGUCCCUGCAGUAUUUCAUAUUUCUGGUGAAUGCAUGGAUAUUGUUCUUCAGAACACUCCACUGCAGAAUUAUAAAUAUCAGAAGUUAAUCCUUUUUCAUAUGUGUUUCAGGCAAUAGGCAACACCACCAAAUUGUACAUAAGAUCAAGACUGCAUACCAUAAAUUGUUUCACUGAUGAUUAAAUUCCAGGAAACUAAUUCUCUUAGGUCUCUUGCCCACUUUUAGAAGCUUCACGAGUUAGCGUUAUGAAGGAAAAUGACAUUGUCUUUCCAAAAUAUUUAGUAGGUACUGGAACACAUAUAUAGGAAUAGUUCUUACUUGAUAUUUUGUUGCUAAGAUUAGAACCAACUUUUAUGACCAAGGGAUGUGAUUGAGAAGUGAAACCAGACAAAGGUAGGCAAAAAUCUUGGAUAUUAGAAAUAUGUCCGUAUUCCAAUUAUUUAUUACCAAUAGUAUAGGAUAUCAUUCUGUUCUACAUAGGGAAGAGUAGAAUAAAGCUCUAUACAGUACGUACAGUAUUUAGUUUGUAUUUUGUUUCUAAAACAUUCUUGGGAAAUCAGAUUGUUUUUAUUAUUUUUAGCUUUAAUCUUCUAAUAUCCAAUGGUAUUGCUGUUAGAAUAUUGCACAAGAAUCUAAAGUGAUUUGAUUGCUACUGCAAAAAAGGUUUCACCCCUUAUAAAAAUAAGUUUUGUUUAAUUCUAAAAGAAUUCUGGUGCUUUAAGUAUGUUUUUUGGGGUUGUAAGAAUUGAAUUCCACUUUUUAGUGAAAAGUUCCUUCAUUUUAUUUUUCUACGCUAGAGUUUUGCAACAUGUCAUUACUCACCUGUAAAAUACUCAUACCAUACUCGGAACUUUCAAUAUUUUUGUACUGUGCCCCUCAAAAUGGUUGAGACAGUGUGGAUUUUACAAGUAUACUAUGUUCAUGUUUGAUUACAUACUGAGAUUUUUCACUGCUGCUAUGUAUCCUCUUAUUCAAUGUCAUAUGUGAUCACUCUUACCCGAGUUAUUUUAGAUUCUUGAUACUGAGAAUCAUAUUGCAGGUCAUGAAUUUGUUUAAAAAUUAAGGCUUAUACUGUAUAGGUUAUAGGUUCGGUGGUAUCGAGUUAUUGUUAAAAUAAAAUUAAGGCUUUUACUGUAUAGGUUAUAGGUUCGGUGCUAAAAUAGAUUUAUCCAAGAAUAAGAAUUUUGAAAUGCUAUUCGUAAAUUUUGGAAUUGCUUAAGCUAUCAUCACCACCCAGAAAUAUGUGUAUUUAUCAGGUUGAAAGAAUUAGCCAUUAGCUACUAUGUUAGAAUAAUCUUCAUUUACGUACCAUGAAAUGAUCAGGCUAGUGCUUUUUCUACAGGGAAAUUAUCUGUGAGACUUAGGACUAUGUAUUACAUAUUUUGAACAAUUUUGCAGCAAAUUUUCCAACCCAGGGGGCACUGAGUUUUGCUCACUAGUCUGGUUAACUAAUAAAUCAAGAUAAAUUGGGAAAAUUAAAACUUACAAAAUUAAACACUUUCUAGGGUUUUAGGAAAUAUGAGCAGACUGGAUGUAUCAGAGCUGGGGCAUACUGUAAAAGUUAUGUACUUCAUGCUUAAUGUAAUUUCUUGAACAAUGUAAUUUCUUGAAGUGAACAUUGGUAAAACAGUACUGUAUACUUUUAUUGACUGUUAUUUGACACAUAUUCCCUAACUAAAAGCACAUUUUAUGCUCUCUAUUUAUUGUUAGUUACCAAGAAGACUAAUAAAAUGGAUGCCAUUCCUUCCUGCCUUGCUUUGAGGCCAGCCUCUAUUUUCCAUGAUUCCUCUUUCAAGGCACAGUUCAGGUUCGUCAUGAUCUCUGUGCUUAAAAUAUUUUUUUCAUUUUCCCUAUGUUCCUAUUUAUAUUUUCCUGUAGUCACUCCAUACUAGUACUGUAAUAUAUAAUGCUCCAUAGGUGUGCUUAAAAGAGUGCCGAUUACAUACUUAAAACAAGCAUAGAGGCUGUUUAGUCUUGAGAAAACCUCCCUAUGUAGAAAGUCCCAAUCUCUCCAGCCACACCAAAUCACUUUGCAAUCUUAGACCCAAACAAAAACAAGCAUAUUUAGUGCUACUUAUUUGUCAAUGUAAGUCUUGCUAACUUACAUAAUCAUUUUAGACUGACUUGGGAACAUUCUUGAAACUUGUUUGAAUUAUAUUUUAUGGGAGUUUUCACAGAUGUGGAUUAAUUUUAAGUGUCUAACCAGUUACUCAUCCUUUUCAUCUUAGGUAUGGACUUUUAAUACAGCAUUUACGUGUUUGUAGCAUUCAAGUUACAAGUCCUCUGCAUGUCUGUUGGAAGUUUUUGUAACAAGGUGUCAACAGCUUCUCUAUGAAAAACAUCACUUUAUUUUGUUUGAAUGCACAUUUAUGUUACAGUAAUCUUCAAGAUGCUUAUAUUUUUAUACACUACAUACAGUUUUAUAUUAAUUUAAUUCUGAGAGUUUUCUAAUGCAAUAUUAUUCUGUAUAUUGGACACUAAUUUUCAUUCUCCAAUUAGAUGAUUUCCCCACAUUGGCACUAGAGUAAUGUAUGUAUCACGGAAUCAUAAUUACCACAUCAUUAGGCAGCAUUCUCUUAUCGUGUAUCUUUAAGCAAUAAAAUAACCAUUGCUCAGUUUCAACAUGUACUUCAUUAUUGUUUUAUUUGAGUGGUUAAAGCAAGUAAAUGAAGAUUUAUUUUGUUCCAAAUAAUUACCAUCCAACAUUGAUAUCUGUCAGCCUGAUGAUAACUGGUUAGUUUUUGGAGUAUCGGCACAGUGUACGCACUAUAACUGGUAGACUGAAUCAGCAAGAUAGGCUCAUCAUGUUUUGGCAGACUUGAUGCCUAGACUACUUGGAUAGUCUUGUCUCUCUUACCUCUAAGGAUACCUGUUAUAGCCAGACAACUGCUGAACACUGGUGUGACCAAGGAUUUUAUAAUGGCAAUACUCAAGCUCGUGUCAACCUCAUAAAAGUUGUAAUAAAGUGAUGUAAUGCAGCAGAUGAAAAGAGGGAACUCCACAGGUCAGGGAAGCCUUACCAAUUCCUAUUCACUUAUUUUAAGUAUGUAAUCAGCAUUCGGUAAAAUGUGCUUACCAAACAUCAAGGUUUUUGUUUAUGAAAAACAAAACUUCUAAAUAGUACAGUGGACCCCCCCAUAUUCACGUUCUCGGCAUUCGCGAACCUACAUAUUUGCUGAUUUCUCUUCGGAACAUAUCUACUCAUUACGGGAAAUUCGCAUAUUCAUAGUAUUUUCUAUGAGAAAUAUCCACAAAUUUUUUUUUUUUUUUUUUUUUUUCCUAAUGAACUUUUUGUGAUAAAACUAUUAAAAAAAAACCCUGAUUUAAAAAUUUUUAGUGGGUUUUUCUUGAGUUUUAACCAACAAAAUAGGCAGUUUUGAUCAUUGAUAUGGGGUUUCAACUAUUUACGGAUUCUGGUACACAUCCACCGCGAAUACAAGGGGAACACUGUGCGUAUUGCAUUUUAGUUGCCUUUCCUACCAAUUUUUUACAUCCUGCAUAUGGUAAUUGAAUUAUUUAUAUCGUAGCUUUCUAUAUUCCUGUAUUGAGUUUAUUAUAGCUGCUUUUUAAAAUUAUAUUUUUUUUAUUUCUAUUUAUUUCUUUCCUCAGUCAACACCUAACCCAAAAGCCAUACUGUGUUGUGCCAGUUAAUUGUAAUAAGUGAAGAAUCACUUUUAUUUAUUAUGUUACCUAUUCAUACUAUAGCUACCUAAGUUGAACUCUUCUUUAGCAGGGUUUAGUUCAGUAUUAUAAAUACAUAGUUAGUAUAUUUGUAUUGUUUGUGUCUACCUUCUUUACCAAGAUUCCUGGAUCAGUCAUGUUAUUCCAGUCAUAUUGUAAAUAAUUACUGGAUAUCGAAUGCUCUCUUUGAUAUACAGUACAGAAUAUGGUUUGUAUGAUUGUAAGGAAUUUAUGAUUAAAUUUAUGUAUGCUUGGUAAUACGUAACUGUUACUGUACGUAUAUGAUAAUUGUUUUAUGUAAAUUCCACUUACAGCAUGUGGGGCAUCUCUUUCUGUAAGUAAAUCAAGCAAAAUAGUGUAGGCAACCCAUAUUUGAACAAAUAUAUAACAUUUCCAUUGCAGAAAAUAUUUUACAGUUUGAGUGGUGUACAAAAUUUAUAGGUAGGUAUAUAUGGUUAUUGUACAAGAAUGAUGUUAAUAUUAUGCAUUUUUAAAGAUGUUUGAUGACAUACAUUCAUUUGGUAUCUGAAGUUUCACUUGUAGGUGUGAAGAGUUGUAAGAGCUCAUGAUUUGUUGUCUUUUAACAAAGUCAGAAAGAAGUCAAGUGUCCAAUCAGUGAUGUUUGACACUAAUGUUCAGACAGGUUGAACAGCCAAGUAGUAAUCAACUUUUAUAAUUUAGGUACAUUUCCAUCUGCCCUGUGUAACAGUUAUUUACUCUGCAAAGUUGGUGGUUAUGUUUUGAAGGCUGAUAAUAAUACUAUUGAUAUAUUUUGUAGUGAUGGUUAUAUUUUAGUUUGUUAGGGAGUAUUAUGUUUUGUAUCUAAUACAAGGUGAUGGUUGAUAAUACAGUAUAGAUAUCUCAGUAACUAUUGUACAGAUGCAAAGUUCAGAACAUUAGUACAAGAAAGGUAAAUAUUGUAUCGUUUAGAUCACAAGUUGUUCAGACUUAGUUAGCAUAUUUACCCUUAACUCUUAAAUGACAUAACAGGUUCUGAUUUUCAUUUGCCUGAGCAUCUUUCUUGUUUCCAUUUCACUUUUGUUCACUUGGCUUUUAAACAAUUGAUGAUAUUUGUGGUGCUUAUUCAUACAGUAUUUGUAAUUAUGUUUCUUAAGAACAUUAUUUCUAAACCAGCUUUAAUUUUUGAAGUUUUGUAACAUCUCUUUGCUUGCAGCUUUAAUCAAGUCAGAUUUAUAAUGCAUGCUGCAAAUGUGAAUUCUUUUUAUACAUACAUAUACUGUUUAUUUUUGUCAUACACAAUUUUUUGCUGUUAAGUAAAUAUUUAUAUUCUUUUCUGAAUGUUUGUAUAUUAACUGAACGUUUGACUUGUUUCAAUAAGCUGUCAACUGUAAUAUUAAACUGAGUAGCUGUUUGUUGCCUAUAGCUCUAAGGCACAGCUGUGUAAGUAGAGACCACUCCUAUUCAAUAGGAAUUGAAAAUGCUAUUUGCCAUGUAAGUAGAGACCACUCUUAUUCAAUAGAAAUUUAAAAUACUAUUUACUAUGUUUUGUUAUGAUGUGGAUCCACUUUUCCAUAUUAUUCACAAAGGUUUCCCAACUUGAUAAACAUUCCUCCGUGGUACAAAGCCGCACAAUGACCACCCUACCAUUGUUAAAUGUACCGUGUAUGGUGUGCCCUCAUAUAUGUAUUUCAUACGUGUACAAUUUUAUUUUUUUAGUAUUUUGCAUGGCCUGAUGUACGUAUAUAGGCAAUUUGCAGCUAUCCAGUACUGAAUUAUCACGUUUUCUAAUUUUAUACAAUUAAUAAGUUUAACAUUUGCCAAUUCUUUACCUUUUACACUUACUGUAUGAUUUUAGUGAUAAUGUUAAUAUCUGGCCAGUCUGCAUAAUGUUUUCAAAUAAUUUUAUUAAUGCAAGUAAUUGCUCUUCACCUAGCACCGUCCGACCUUACCAUGCUACAGCUUUUUCUAUAUUGCAAGUGAUGUAUCCAGUAGUAAUGUAUCAUAAUACAGAUUAAAUACGUUGUAGAUUAUGACAUAAGGAUAAGGGGAAUUAUUGCCCUACCAAAGUUUUCAAUGAUGUACGGUAUUUGAAGGAAUCAUUUAAGAAGCACUUUAUAUACAAUCUGACAUGUAAUAAGUGCUUUAUUUUUUGUAAAAUCUUAAAUUCCCUUUGUUAAAUCAGUAUUAGUUAAUUACAGAGCUUGAAGUAAAUACUUGCACAAAAAAUUUUACUACGUACUUUGUUUCAUGUUUUAGUUUGAGCUCAGUGUCUUUGGAUUUUCCAUUAUUUUGCUUUUAUUAAACUUAUUGCAUAAUCA